UUUCCUUUUUUAUUUCAAUAUUUAAAUACACCGUUUUUUUUCUUAUUUGGUUGAAUGUAUAUAUUUUCAGCGGAAUUGACUUAACUUUGGGCUAAAUUAACAUACGCGAUGGCUUAUAGUCAACUGUUGGUUGGGAUUAAACGGACUUUCGGGUUUUCAUUGUGCCCCAAAACGCAGAAGUCUAAAAUAAUUGAGUGCCCGAACCCGCCAAGGCGUUACCGGCAUGCGAAUGUCAUAAAAGCAGAGUAUCGCAAGGUCACAGAUCCGCAUUACAACAAGGGCAUGGGAUAUACGCAUGAUGAACGCCAAAGACUGAAUGUAAUUGGUCUCUUUCCAUGCGCUUAUCGCAGCGAAGCCGAGCAGAUUAGCGCUGUAAAUGCCAAUUUUCAUGCGCAGAAGUCGGAUCUUGCCCGUUACAUGUAUCUGAGAACGUUGCGUUCUCGCCAGGAGCGCCUUUAUUAUCGGUAUGUCAUCGAGAAAAUCGAGGACGUAAUGCCCAUUAUAUACACGCCCACGGUAGGCGCGGUAUGCCAGGCAUUCAGCCUGAUCUACCACAGUACCAUGGGCAUGUAUGUGAGCAAGUACGAUAAAGGCUACAUGACACAUGUGCUCAGUAACUGGCCGAGCAAGGAUAUACGUGCUGUGUGCGUUACAGAUGGUGAGCGAAUACUCGGUCUAGGUGAUCUGGGAGCCGGUGGCAUGGGCAUAUCUGUGGGCAAGCUGGAUUUGUACACGGCGCUGGCAAAAGUACCACCGCAAUACCUUAUUCCGGUUGUCCUUGAUGUUGGCACUAACAACCAGCAGCUGCUCUCCGAUCCCUUUUAUAUUGGCGUGCGCGAAAAGCGUUGUAAAGGCAAGGAGUACGAAGAUCUUGUACAAGAAUUCAUGGAUGCAGUUGUCAAGGUUUGGGGCUACCAGACGCUCAUCCAUUUCGAGGACUUUUCUACGCCGAAUGCCUUUAAGUUUAUCAACAUGUACCAGGACAAAUAUUGUAAAAUCAAUGAUGAUAUACAGGGCACAGCGUCCUGCGGCCUGGCUGGUUUUCUUUCCGUCGAACACAUCACAAAGAAACCACUCAAAGAUCACAUUGUCUUGUUUGUGGGCGCUGGCAGCGCAGCGCUAGGCAUUAGCAAGUUGCUAGUCAAGGAGUUGAUCAGCCGGAAGAUAAGCGAAGAAGAAGCUGUCAAGAACAUUUACAUAACCGAUGUAGAAGGUCUUAUAACCAAAGAUAGAAAGAAAUUUGAUAUACCAGACUUGAAGCUAUUUGCCAAAGACAGGCCACCCCUUAAGGAUCUUGAGCAAUUGGUUAAGGAACUUAAACCGUCCAUUUUAUUAGGCGCCACAGGUCAGGGCGGCAUCUUUACCGAAAACAUACUGCGUAUUAUGGGAAGCGAGCACGAACAUCCAGCUAUUUUCGCUUGCUCGAAUCCGACAAACAAAGCUGAAUGCACCGCCGAGCAGGCAUACAAUUUUACAGAGGGUCGCGCUCUGUUUGCCUCCGGCUCACCCUUCCCGCCUGUUGUUAUCGAUGGCAAACGGCUGAUACCAACGCAGGCCAAUAACGCGUUUGCCUUUCCUGGCGUCGCGCUGGGUGUGUUGUGUACCAAACCUCGUACUAUAUCGGACGACGUUUUCCUUGUAACGGCCCACGAAAUCGCCAAAUACUGUAGGGAAUUUUCCCCAAACGACGCUGCGCUUUAUCCACCCAUUAAGGAAGCUGCAAAUGUGGCCUUUAGCGUGGGCGUUGCUGUGGCAAAAUUCCUGAUAGACGAGCGUAAGGCAAAUGUGUAUCCGAUACCUACGAAUGUUUGUGAGUUUGUGCAGAGCUAUCAGUACUACACGGAACGCCAUGCAGCUCUACCUUCAACCUGGGAGUACCCAAAUAUGCCUGCUCCCUUGCCCAAUGGCGAUGAUAAAAAUUGCAAAAAUUAAGUGGGAUAAUAUAUGUUCACACGUAUUUUUAUAAAAUUGUAGUUCCAUAGUUCAGACUUUCUCAGUUAUUAUUAAAUUGAGAGUAACAGGUUUACG